GAGCCGAUGGACUGGAGGAGGAGAGAUGCGAGAACAGGGGAUGACCGGAGGAGCACGAUAAAAGCUGAGAAAUGACUGCGCCAGAACGCACGAAAAAACAUGAAACCUUAAACAGCAGCGUCAACAUGAUGAGUCCUUCCGUCUGCUGUUCGCAAACCAGUAAUGCAUGAAGAGCAUCGCGGAUAAAGUGUGAGCAGAAUGUCAUCUCCUGGAAUGGGCACCCCGAGCGACCCCCUGUUGUCCAGUCCCGUAGGGGGGAAGUUUGGGAUUGCCCAGGAAGACACCUGGAGACCCACUCUGUCCAAAACAUCCAGUUUCCCGUCGUCCACCACACGGCACCUCAGUCAUAGAGCCAACAACUUCCAGAGGCACCCGAAGCGACGGAAACUGAUCCGGCCGUCUCCGCCACCACCGCCGAACACGCCGUGUCCCCUGGAACAGCUUGACCUGAGCGAACUUCCUCCGAGACGCACUUGUCCCGAGCUUCUCUUCAAUGGCUGCGUUUUGUUUGGGAUCGAGUUCAGCUACGCAAUGGAAACGGCGUAUGUCACACCUAUGUUACUUCAGAUGGGGUUGCCCGACCAGUUCUACAGUCUAGUGUGGUUCAUCAGUCCAAUUUUAGGGUUCCUUCUGCAACCAAUUCUUGGGGCAUGGAGUGACCGAUGCACGUCUCGCUUUGGCCGCAGGAGACCUUUUAUUUUUGCCCUGGCGAUAGGGGCUCUGCUGGGUCUAACACUGGUGCUGAAUGGACGGGACAUUGGAUCGGCUCUGGCGGACACCACCCUCGAUCACAAGUGGGGCAUCGUGCUGACGGUGUGCGGCGUGGUUCUGAUGGACUUCAGUGCCGACUCAGCCGACAACCCCAGUCAUGCGUACAUGAUGGAUGUGUGUAGCCCAGAGGACCAAGACCGAGGCCUGAAUAUACACGCUCUUCUGGCAGGUCUUGGCGGCGGCUUCGGCUACAUUGUGGGUGGAAUUAACUGGGAUAAAACUGAGUUCGGAAGGUCAAUGGGUGGCCAGCUCCGGGUCAUAUACCUGUUCACCAGCAUCACCCUCGCCGCCACCACGGCCAUGACCCUCACCAGUAUCCCUGAGCGACCUCUACCCCAGCCUCAGCCUCAAACCAGAAGCGCCCGAAACCUCAAGAGCCCCAAUCUUCCUCUGCCGCCCUCCCCACCUCCUCCUCCCGGAGCCGCUAUGGACCAGGAUGAUGAGGACGAGGAGGAAGCCCUCUAUAACAGGCAGUUCUCCAAUUGCCACUACCAGGAUCAACUGGGCCGCUCAAGCAGCGCCAACGCACGUCUCUACGCAGGCCUCGCCAGCCCCAUUUCCCCUCUGAGUCCUCUGACGCCCAAAUACGGCAGCUUCAUCAGUCGGGAUAACUUGCUCACAGGCAUUAAUGAGUUUGCUUCUUCCUUAGGCACCUCCUAUAUAGACAGAGUAUUGAUUGAAUGCUACACUGGACAGCAGACUCCAUUAGAACCCGAGUCAGUGGCUCCGCCUCUUCCACCGGGGGACACGCCCCCUCCUCCUCAAAGCGAAGCGCCUACCGCAAAUGAAGUUGCACAGCAAAACAAACUCUCGCAGCCUAAUGGAGAGUUGUUGGCGACUGAGGAGUUGCAAGCUAAUGAGCAAAAGCAAGCCAUUGAACCCACUGACCAGCCUAAUGAGGGCCAACAGGCUGCAUCGGGAUCACAGCGAGGCAGUACCUCAGGGAUACUGAAGCGCCCCCAGAGUCUGGCCUUAAUGGAGGACCCGCUAAUUGCUCCAAGCGGCGGUUUGGACAACGGUCGUAGGCGCACUGUCACCUUCAGUCAACAGGUGGCAAAUAUAUUGCUGAAUGGCAUGCAUUAUGACAGUGACCUCAGCAGCACCCAUGAAGCAGCAGACUCUCAAAUGUCAAUAAAACUGCUCUGUACUGCCAUCUACAGGAUGCCUCCAUGUUUACGAAGCCUGUGCACCAACCAUUUUCUGGGUUGGUUAUCAUUUGAGGGGAUGCUGCUCUUCUACACUGACUUUAUGGGGGAGGUUGUGUUUGGUGGAGACCCAAAGGCCCACCACGAUUCAGAGGAGUACAAGCGCUACAAUUCAGGCGUCAGCAUGGGCUGCUGGGGGAUGUGCAUCUAUGCAUUUAGUGCUGCUUUUUAUUCAGCCAUUCUUGAGAAGCUGGAGGAGCGGUUCUCAUUGCGUUCUCUGUAUUUUUUCGCCUAUCUGGCCUUUGGUUUGGGCACAGGGCUGGCCACUCUCUCCACCAACCUGUACGUGGUGCUGUCUCUCUGCGUCACCUACGGCAUUCUCUUCUCUUCUCUCUGCACGCUGCCUUACUCUCUGCUCUGUGAAUACUACCAGAGCCCGCAGUUCUGCGGCUCAUCAGAGGAUGGGACCAGGCGUGGUAUGGGGGUGGACAUCUCCCUGCUCAGCUGCCAGUACUUCCUGGCACAGAUCUUGGUUUCCGUGGCGAUGGGCCCUCUGACAUCGCUGGUGGGUGGGGCCCAGGGCGUGAUGUACUUUUCGAGUCUGAUGUCAUUUGUGGGGUGCCUGUACUCCUCACUGUGUGUGGUGUACCAUCUGCCACCACCCGAGGGCAGAGCGGACGUUGAGGCUGGGGUGUGAGUGAUCGCAAUACGGAAACAAGCCUCGUGCGGAAGAACAAGCCGAAUGUAUUGUUCGGUGACUACAACAAAUCUGGACAACCGAUAUGGACUCUCCACCAGAGCGCUCACAAUUGUGCGCCCGUAUUGCUAAGCAUCUUUUUUGUUGUUGUUGUUGUUUUGUUUGUUUCGCUUUGCAAUACAUGCAGCACAUCAAACCUUUAAAAACUCCAGGUAGCAAGCAAUUUCAGAAGCAGCGAAUAAAGAACUGAAUGAGACGAAACUCAUAAUCACAUUCUUUUCCUCAGUCAUGUGUUAUCUACACAAACAUGUACAGAUCUUCCACUAAGGAAAGCGAUGUUAGUAAGUUGCAUUGUACAGGUAAAUGCUCUGAGAAUUAAACAGUUGUCACAGGACGAAGGUUUUCUGCUGCAGGUGUCGUUCUGAUAUAAGUAUGUACAAAGACUGGUGAAGGGGCUUUAACCAGCGGGGGGCGCAGUAGGAUCUCAAAUGGAGGUCAAACUGAAUCUAUUGAAGGAAUAGUUCACCCAGAAAUGAAGCUUUGCUGAAAUG